AUGCCCACUUUUGACUGCUUUCCCCUGCUCCCCCUCGAGGUGCGUGAACGCAUCUGGGAGCUUGCCAUGGAGCUCCGUCAGAUUGUAUACGGCGAAGAACCACCUGCCUACAGACAGUGCCCCUGGCCAUCAUCUGGGCUGUCGCCUCCCCUACUUCACACCUGCCUUGAAUCUCGGACGCAUCUUCAGCGCUUUUACGUGAAGGUGAAUGCCGCCACGAAUACGAAACCCAAAAGGUUCGCUUGGGUCAACGUCGAGAUUGACACUAUCUAUCUGGUCCAAUAUGCCCUAAAUGAACUUCGUGCCGAAUGUCCGACGGUGCGCAGGCUCAUCAUUCUUGGAACAGAUUCAGAGUUGUUCUACCACAACUAUUGCUCAGAGCUACGUCACAUGGAGCGUCUGGAAACCGUCACAAUCCUUCACCUGGAGUCACCGGAGAGAACAGACGAGGACUGGUGGGCCGGCUGGGAUGACAUGAUGGCCGGCUACUAUUUCCGUGACGACCUUGUCGCCUUCUACACGCGGAUUCUUUACCCCAAGUGCCCGCCUUACGAGAUCAACCCGGAAAACUACCUGAAAGUUGAGCGAGCCCACCGAAGAAGGCUGGUGGCGGAGCAUCCCGACUGGUACGAGCCGGGCUAUGAGGCAUCUGACUCAGACGACGACGACGUCUGUAGACCAAACCGCUUUCGUAAAGGCUACGGCCGUCAUCUCGAGGGCUACACUACGCCCCCGAGAUCGUCCAACGAACCUGUGAAGUUAGGAUUGUAUCGCGCGCGUAGACAUCGGACGAAAUUGAGUGGAGCGGCACUGGAUCAAGUCGCAAGGUAG